GUAUUUCGCAUAUUUUACUAAAAUAGGGAGGUUUCUCAAAUAAUAAGACGUUUGGUUUUACGCCAGAUUUUUACAAUAUUAAAUAAGAAGAGAACGGUUUCUUUAUGCAGUCAUAUGGGACCCAAGUAGUGGCCAACCGAAGUAGUGCACUGAAGUUUCCAGGAAUUAACUAAUUCUGUCACAUUCGCGCAGAACAGGUACAGUUUUAUUUCUGGAGAGUGGUAGACACUAUCGACGCAACUAAAAAAAAGUCUGAAAUUCUUCGUUCAGUGCAACACUCGGACUCUGUGCUUUUGUUGUUGUGCAGUUGAUGUUUGGUCACACUACCUGUUGUUGCAUAAGCGACUAAACAUGCUUGCUUUCAUAAAACACGCAAAUCGUGUAACUUCGCGCUCGCUGUUUCGCAGUUUGCCACGGCCUAGUGGAGAAGCGCGCAGAGGUUGGAGCGAAUCACUUGACAAUGGAUUAAAAAAUAUUGCCAUUAGCCAGAAGCGGGGAAUGUCUCAGAAACGUUACAAUGUCCCACCGAGUGCUGAAUUUGUGGCCAGGGUGUCUGGGAUUGCUACCAUGGGCAAACUGCCUUAUCAGGACAGUGCUGAAGGACUGGACGCUGCGUUUAUCGGUGUCCCCAUUGACACAGGCACCUCAAACCGACCCGGAGCGAGAUUUGGCCCACGUCAGAUCAGGGCUGAAUCCUGCUUGCUGAGAGCUUUCAACAGUGGCACAAGGGCAGCUCCAUAUGAAUCACUAAUGGUGGCAGAUAUUGGUGACGUCAACGUCAAUGUAUACGACCUUAAGGACACGUGCCGUAGAAUCAGAGAGUUUUAUCGCAAAGUCCUGGCUACGAGUUGUAUACCCCUUACAAUGGGAGGUGACCACACUAUAGCAUAUCCAAUUCUUCAAGCUAUCGCUGAAAGACAUGGUCCAGUGGGUCUAAUCCAUGUGGAUGCUCAUGCAGACACUAGUGAUGUGGUCCUUGGUGAAAAAAUUGGCCAUGGUACCCCUUUCCGACGUUGUGUGGAGGAGGGUCUGCUGGAUUGCAAAAGGGUGGUCCAAAUUGGUCUGAGGGGGACUGGCUAUUCUCCUGAUGCAUAUGAAUGGAGUCGGGCACAGGGUUUCCGUGUUGUCCAGGUGGAAGAGUGUUGGCACAAAUCCCUCUCUCCUCUAAUGGCUGAGGUACGGACACAAAUAGGUGAAGGGCUUGUCUACCUCAGCUUUGAUAUAGAUGCAUUAGACCCUGCGUAUGCACCUGGCACAGGAACACCAGAGAUUGCUGGCCUUACACCCAUUCAGGGUGUUGAAAUCAUUCGAGGCUGUCGUGGUCUAAACCUUGUCGGCUGUGACUUGGUGGAAGUGUCUCCACCAUACGAUACUACAGGCAACACCGCACUGACUGCUGCCAACCUCCUCUUUGAGAUGUUGUGUGUCCUUCCAAAGAUAAAAUAUUACUGAAUGUCUUAACCGAGUUAUUAUGUGAAGUCUCAACCAAUGCCCAAAAGGAAUCAAACUGUGAUAUUCAAGCUGAGAGCACAUUCAUAUAGACAUGAUUUUUAGAGAAUGUACUAAAAUUACAGUAAUCUCAUUCACAGAUAUUGUUAUCAAUUUUCAAAACCUGAAAACUUGAAACUUGUCCAGAUUUAGGAUAUGAAAAGAACAAUAAAUUAAAUAAACCAUUUU